CCCCUCCCUCAGCCCCGUCCCCCCAUGGCCAGGCGCCUGGGCAGCUGGGUGCCCUGUGUGAGGAGCCGCGGGCGGACGGACGGACAGACGGACAAGUGCGGACCCACGGCCAUGGCGGGAGCCCUCCUCGUCCUCCUGCUCCUCCUGGGCCCCACUGACGGCAGCCCCACGGCGGCCACCCCGGAGCCCCCCGACCCCCCGCGCUGUGACCCGGCGCUGGCCCCGAUCGAGGGGGGCUGGGGGGAGCUGCUGGAGGGGGGCGAGGGGCUGCGCUACAGCUGCCCCCCCGGCCGCACCCCCUUCCCCACCAGCCUCCGGCACUGCGGCCCCGACGGGGCCUGGGAGCCCCUGCCGGGGGGGGCCGCCCCCCGCUGCCAAGAGGUGUGGUGCCCGGCGCCCGUGGAGUUCGAGCACGGCUCGUUCUGGCCGCGGGGGCGGCGACACCCCCCCGGCUCCACCGUGCGGUUCAGCUGCUUCGAGGGCUUCGCGCUGCGGGGACCCCCCACCCUCCUCUGCGGCCCCACGGGGCGCUGGGUGGGGGCCACCCCCGUCUGCGACGACGGCGCGGGGGCCUGCCCGGCGCCGGGGGUCCCCCCGGGGGCCACCAAGGAGGGGUCGCUCUACGAGGUGGAGCGGAGCGUGCGGUACCGCUGCGGGCCGGGGCUGGAGCUGCUGGGCUCGGCCGAGCGCCGCUGCCUGGAGGGGGGCGUCUGGAGCGGGGCCGAGCCGCGGUGCCGCGACCCCAAGUCCUUCGACACCCCCGAGGACGUGGCCGCCUCCUUCCUCGCCUCCCUCACCGAGACCAUCGAGGCGGCCGAGGCCAACGACACCAAGGGCCCCACGGAGAAGCGCCGGAUCCGCCUGAGCCCCGGCGCCUCCCUCAACAUCUACCUGGUGCUGGACGCGUCGCAGAGCAUCGGCCCCAGCGACUUCGCGGACGCCCGCGACGCCCUCAUGGAGCUGGUGGAGAAGAUCGCCAGCUAUGGGGUAGCCCCCCACUAUGGGAUCAUCACCUUCGGGACGGAGGCGCGGGUGGUCCUGAGCCCCACGGAGCCGCGGGCGGCUGACGGGGCGUGGGUGAGGGAGCUGCUGGAGAAGCUGCCCUUCGGAGCCCACGCGCAGAAGCCGGGCACGAACCCCCACGCCGCCCUCAAGGCCGUGUACGAGCUGCUGGUGCAGCAGGAGCGGGGGGAGCAGCUGCGGGGGCUGAGCCCCGCCCCCGUCACCAACAGCACCCGCCACGUGCUCAUCAUCAUGACCGACGGCCGGGUGAACAUGGGGGGGUCCCCGGUCCCCGUCAUCCACCAGAUCCGGGAGCUGCUGAGCAUCGGGCGGGACCCCCGCAACGACCGGGAGGACUUCCUGGGUGGGGGUCGGGGGGGGGCCGUGGGGGCCCCAUGGGCUGCCUACGAGUCUCGUAACCCUCUCCGAGACCCUUAUAGAACCCCAUAG